GGGCUGGCGGGCGGGCAGGCGCGCUGGCGGCGGGCGGCGGGGGGGACUUGUUGUUCUUCGUGAAGUCGGAGCGGAGCGCGCGGCGGGGGCGGCGGCCCGUGGGGAGCGCGAGCGGGAGGAGAGCGCGUGCCCGCGAGGAGUCGGCCGCGCCCCCGCGGUCCCCGCGCGACGCCAGUUACGAUUUCCAGGCCGUUCUGUGCGGGUGACGGUGCCCAGGUUAUGACGACUAAUCCCAAACCGAACAAGGCAUUAAAGGUCAAGAAGGAGGCGGGCGAGAACGCCCCGGUGCUCAGCGACGAUGAGCUGGUGUCCAUGUCGGUGCGGGAGCUGAACCAGCACCUGCGGGGCCUGUCCAAGGAGGAGGUGGUGCGGCUCAAGCAGCGGCGCCGCACGCUCAAGAACCGCGGCUACGCCGCCAGCUGCCGCAUCAAGCGGGUGACGCAGAAGGAGGAGCUGGAGCGGCAGCGGGUGGCGCUGCAGCGGGAGGUGGAGAAGCUGGCCUCGGAGAACGCCAGCAUGCGGCUGGAGCUGGACGCGCUGCGCUCCAAGUACGAGGCGCUGCAGACCUUCGCGCGCACCGUGGCCCGCGGGCCCGUCACGCCCUCCAAGGUGGCCACCACCAGCGUCAUCACCAUCGUCAAGUCCCCCUCCGUGCCCUUCUCGGCCGCCUCCUAGUGCCUGUGGCUGGGCGCCGGGUGCUGUCAGGGUCCAUGGGGACAGAUCCCCGACACCAAGUCCACGUGCCGAGUCCACGGGGCUCCCGUGGGGCCGCGUGGAGAGUAGGGUCUCGUGAACCUGUGAGCCGCACGCCUUCCUGCACACGCCCACAUGUGCCCACACGUGCCCUCGCGCACACGCACACGCACAUGCACUGGCCACCCUCGGUCACCCGCUCUCCAGGCUGUCGCUUCGGGGUCUGUCUCCCGGGGAGUCAGGGUGGGGAAGGGCUCGGAGGCUCCUGGCCUGAGGCCCGAGGGCCCUGCCCGCCUCCAGCCUCAGCCUCAGCCGCGUCAGCCUCUGUCCUGCUGUGGCCUGGAGCCCCACUGCCCACAGCCCUGCUGUCCCAGGAGGAACCUUCGUCCUGGCCCACGCGCACCGUGACUGCCGCGGCCAGGCUCUAUGCCGGGCGGCGGGCGAAGGGAGGCCGUGCGUGGGGCCAGCAGCCCCUGGGCUUGGAGCAGCAGCUGCUCACAGGCAUCACUGGGGCGUCCGUGUGGAGAGUUGCAUGCGUGUUGCAAAGUGUCCCUGUGUUGGGGUGAUGAGUGAGGUCCCCAGCUCCCAGCUGCAGCCCUCUGGCCCUGCCGCCACCCGCAGAGCCUGGGACGGUGAGGCCGGGGUGGGGGUGGGGCGGGAGUGGAAGGGGAAGGGGACCUCUGGGUGGAAUGGGUUGGCUGCAGGGGGUCUGCUUAGCUGUGGAAGUUGGAAGUGGAGCUGUGCUUGUUCCCGCUGCCAGAGGAGGGAGAGCAGGAUGACAGGUGGGGUGCAGGAGGUGGGGGAGGGCGUUGCGGGGAGGUGGGGGCACAGGCCGGAAGGUGGGGGCGCUUGCAUGGUCUGCCUGCACAGAGGGUGGGACCCUGCAACCUUGGUGCUUAAUCAUCGCCUGGAACCUUCUGGAGCCACGGGUGACCUCGGUGACCUCUGCUGGGGCUCCCCGCCCUCAGCACUGCUGCGGGUGCUGUCCCCAUCCUGCCGUCCUGGGAAGAGGCCCGAGCCCCACCACUGGCCCCGCCCAGAAAGACCGGGCAAGCUGUGAAGCCCCCACCCCCCAGGUGCCCGCCGCCGGGGGAGGCAGAGGGGCUGCGUCCUUGCUGCGGACGGUCCGGCCGGCCCCCGGCUGUGUCCUGUGUCCUGUCCUGGGGCAGCGGGGGCCGGGUGAGGAAGCUGUGGCUGCCAUAGCUGUGGUAGGUAAUCCACAUUGGAUAUCAGUCAGGACUGGGAGUAUUUAAGAGAGAGUAUAUAUAUAUAUAAAAAGUUCUAUACACAUUUUGUUGUCGGGUUUUGUACCUUUCCUGUUUGAUACUGUAAAUGUGCAGCAGGGCUGCAGGCGGAGGGUCCAGGUUGGAGCUCGGCCCAGCACCCCGUCCCGCUGCCCUCUGCGGGCUCUGCGACCGCCUGGGGCCUGGCGGGCGUCCUGCUCGGCCGCUGUGCUGGGUUCCCCGACUGCCCGGUCCCGCGGGACACGGGAGGCCCCCACCCCGCGGACAGGGUCACGGAAGGAAGCCUGGAGUGCCCCUCGUGCUUUUCCUUUCAGAUUAUUGAAACGCUGUCACAUUUAAUAUAUGGACUUUAUUUAAGAGGAGAGGCGAGGCCUGCGCUCAGACCGAAGUCUUCGAGGGCACCUGCCGCCCCAGGGUAGGCUCCGCCUGCAGCUCACCCCCUCGCCUCAGCGCUCAGCAACUUCAUUUCAAUAUUUAUUUUUGUGCUGCUUCGACCCCGACAUAAAUUAUUGAGGAGACCCUCUGCGUGGCCCUUGUUCCUGUGGGCGUGCCCCGUGCCGCGCCCACACCACCGCCUAAUUUAUUGCUGUACAUCUCUGCUGUGACGCUUUUGUACCUUUGCAAUAAAGACUUUUCUGGUUUCA